AUGACAACGUUCGAUAUUUAUAAUAAACGUUUAAACAAGGGAAAACCUUGUUUUAAAUUAAAAACAGAUUCUUCUUUAUCUUUUCAAGAAUGUAUUGAAAUAUGGUGUGAUAUUGAAUUAAUUAAAUAUAAUAUACAUGAUGAAAAUCUUUUAAAAAAGUUAAGAUACGAAAUAAAAGAAAUAAUUUAUUCAAAUAUAUUAUAUAAGACAAAAAAGAAUUUUGAACUUUUUCAUAUGUUUUAUAAUUAUAAAUAUAAUUAUAAUGUAGAAUAUGUAACAGGUCAAUGUAUUCUUAAUAUGAAUGCGAAAGGUGAUGGUAGUUAUUAUGAUUUACUAAAAAGAUAUUAUGGAGAAAAAAAAAAAAAUAAAAUAAAAUAUGGAAAUGUAGAUAAUAAUAACAAUAAUGAUAAUACUUUUAAUUGUGAUGAUAAUUAUUUUAAUUGUAAUGAUAAUGAUGACAAGAGUAAUAUAAUCCCAUCAUCUAUAUACAAUAAUAAUAAUAAUAAAAAUUUUUUUAUUUUUGAUAUAGGUGAAUAUACAAAUGAUUAUAAGAAUAAUAAAUUAUUUUGUUUAAGUAAAUUAUAUACAUGUAUGAUAUAUUGUUGUUAUAUAUUAAUAAAAAAUAAAUAUUAUCUUGACUUUUUGUGUUUAUAUUUAUUAUUGAGAUCUUAUUUUUUCAUAGAUAGUUUAAAAAUAAACAAACAUUUUGUGUUACCAAAAUUUACUUGUCAUAAAAAAUUUCUACGUCUUUUAUUUUUAUUAUCUGAUAUUUAUAAUUAUAAGGAUACAAAAGAAAAUUAUAAUUCAUAUAAUGAAGAAAAAAUACAAGACCCACAUAAUAAUAUAUACAAUGAUUUAUAUAAUUAUAAUUGUAGGCAUAAUAUAGAAGAUUGUUCUAGUUAUAAGAAAGAUAUGAAUAAUAUCUCAUAUAAUUAUGAGAAUAAUAUAAUGAAUAGAAAAUAUUUUUAUUUAAUAAAUAAAAAUGAUGAUGAUAUUAAUAUUGGAAAUAUACAAUUAUUAUCAUUUAAUUUAUUAUUAUAUAUACCAAUAAAAAUAAAUUUCAAUGAAAUGAAUUUUAUAAAUCUAGAUACUUUAAAAUAUAAACCAUUAUGUAAUUUUAUUUUAUCAUUUCAAAAUUCUUAUACAAGAAAAUUUUUAUUAAAUAUAAACCACUUAAAUAAUAUAACUUCAAAAUGUAAAGAAUAUUUUUUAAAAAAAAUAAAUAUAUUUACAACAAAAAAAAAUAAAAAUAAUAUAUAUGAUGAAUAUGAUACUAUUAAUAAUAUCUUAGUAUAUAAUUAUCAACAAGCUAUACGUUCUUCUAAUAUGAAUAUGGAAGCUACACAUUUUAAUGAAUAUGAAAACAAAUUAAAAGAAGACACAUUUAAUAACUUGAAUACUAUAUUUUCUUCAAUAAUAUCAAUACGAAAUGAUAACAAUGAUAAUAAUAUAAAUUUGGAUUAUAAUAAUUAUAUUAAAUAUAAUAAUUAUAGUAAUUAUUGUAACAGUGUGAAUAAUAUAUAUAUUAAUAGUAACAAAAAUAAAUCCAUCUUUUUAUUAAACAAUAAAGAAACAGGAAACCCUUUCUGUCUUAAUAAUGAUAUUAUUCAAGAUAGAUCUUUUAAUAUGAACAACAAGCAAAUGUUGUAUAGUUUUAUUUUUAAUUAUUAUUAUAAAAAUAAAAUGUUGUCAUUUCAUAAAAAUGAUAUAUAUAAAGAUGAUGAUGAUGAUGAUGAUUUUAUAAAAAAUAUUCUGUGCAUAAAUUAUUCACCUACAGAUAAUACGAACAUGCUCACAUGUUCUUCUUAUAAUAAUAAAAUAACAACAAAAAUAAUAGAAAGAGGAAAAAUAAAAGAAAGAACAUUAAACAGUUCUAAUAAAUCUCUAAUCUCAACUUUUAAAAAAAAUGAAAAUUUUGUCUGGAAAAAAUCAUUUGAUAACGAUAUUAAUGUAUUAAAAAAAUUAAAAAAUAUUAUCAUGCACACUAAAAAAGAAAAAUAUAAAAACGCUUUCUUCACAAUAAUUAAUAGCAUAUAUGUAUCUGUACACGCUAAUAUUGUUAAUAGUCUUAAUAGUAGAAUUAAUGAAUACAGAUUUGUAAUAUUCAAUAGAUUCACAAGCAUAUGUAAUUUUAUAUCAAAAAAUUACAACAAGAAAAAUGAAAAUAUUAAGAAAGAUUGCCAAAUGUGGAAAAUGGAUAUUUUAAAUUGUCUUCUUGGAUACGAAGGAAAUAUAUUUGUAUCUGGAAUGAAAUCAGACACGUUUAAAAGAAAAAACGCAGAAAGGGGGGACAAGGGAUAUAUUAAAGGUGUAGAGAAAAAAAAUAAUGUGGAAAAAAAAAAUAUUCUGAACAAAAAAAAUAUUAUGAACAAAAAAAAUAUUGAGGAAAAAAAAAAUAUUAUGAACAAAAAAAAUAUUCUGAACAAAAAAAAUAUUCUGAACAAAAAAAAUAUUCUGAACAAAAAAAAUAUUCUGAACAAGCAAAAUAUUCUGAACAAGCAAAAUAUUCUGAACAAGCAAAAUAUUCUGAACAAAAAAAAUAUUCUGAACAAGCAAAAUAUUCUGAACAAGCAAAAUAUUAUGAACAAACAAAAUAUUGUGGAAAAUAUAAACAUUUUUGAGAGUGUAAAAAAUGUGGAUGGAUUCCAGGGUAAGGAUUCCAAAAAUGAACUGAAAAAAGAUGGAUACCUAUUAGGAGAAUCUGCCCAAAAAAAUAUGCAUUCUUUGAAUUAUAAAAAAAAAUCAGCGUGUAUUUACAUAAGUAAAGAUAUCAUUUGUAUUAAUAGCAAGCUAGCCAUAUGGUUAAAAAAGAAAAACAGAAAUAAACUACGUCUUUAUUUUAAGCCUUUACAAAAUUAUUUCUGUACUUUUUAUUAUCAAAAAUAUUUGCAUAUCCUUAUGUAUUUUUCAAGAAUCGGUAGUUUUAUAAGAUAUAUAAAAAUAUUCAUAUAUGUGUUUACGGGUAUAAUAAAUAAUGAAAGAGUUACAUUUGAAGAGUUGAACAGAGUUAAAAAAGGCACAAGUAAUAAUAAAAAAGCUACAUAUGAAAAAGAAAAAUAUAUAAAAAAAAAAAAAAAGAUGAAAAUAAAUUAUAAAAAUAUUAUAGAAGAUGAACAUAUUCCAUUAGGUAAUAUUUUUUUUACAUAUAUUAAUUGUAUUAGAAAAUAUUUAUUAAUAUAUGAAAAUGAAAUAAGAAAUAUUAUUAAUGAUAAAGAUGUAAAGAAUCCUUUCCAUAUAUAUAUACGUAUAAAAAAAUAUUGUGAUUGUAUUGAAUUUUUAAAUUUUCUUUGUUCAUCUUAUAUAAAAGAUAAAGGAAAGGGUGUGUUUUUUAAAGAACGUUUUAAUUUUUAUAAUGCAAAUGAUAAUAAUUUAUCGUUUUCAUCAUCUGUUAAUAAUAAAAUGUGUACAAAGAAUAAACUCAUAAGAGAUUAUAAUAAUCUUUCGAAUGCUAUAUAUGGUUUGUCUCGUUAUAAACAUAAUAAUAAUAAUAAUAAGAUUAAUAAUAAUAAUAAUAUAUAUAGAAAUGUAAAUUUAUAUAAAUAUGAAAAAGAUGAAUCUAAAAACGUUUUAAACGUGGAUAAUAGAAUGAUGAUAUAUAAUAAACAUAAACACAUUAAUAAAUUAAAUAAAGAAGAAGAAAAUAAUUUAUUAAGAAACCAAAAUUAUAUAAAUAACAAUUCUUUAUUUUUUUAUCCACGUGGUAAUGAAUUAUUAAAUUAUAUUUAUUUUUAUUAUCAUAUUUGUGUGAAUGCUGAAAAAAAACACCUUACUAAAUUAUGUAAGUUUCUUUUUUUAGAAAUGAUGAAACCAUUAUUACAUUUUCUUUUUACAUAUGUAUAUAUGGGUAUAAAUAAAGAUUAUAAUUUCGAGUAUAUAAUUAAUUCAAAUGAAGUUUCUCAUUUCUUUUUUAUUUAUCAUAAUGGAAACAAGUAUUACGACCCUAAAUAUUUAAUGUCGGAUGUGUGUAUAUAUCUUCCGAUCUUUUUGGGUUAUUCUAUGGACAUGAUAUAUAAUACAGCGUUGCUAUCCAGCAUUUUACGUGUAGCUAGCGAAGAGUAUUUUUUUCUUGCCAUUCCAAAAAAAGACAAUUCAGAAAAUGACAAAUGCACAAAUAUAUAUGAAAAUAAUAAUAAUAAUAGUUAUAGAAAUAAUGUGAUUAAUAUUACUAGUACAUGUAGUAUUUCUAAUGAAUAUGCUGAUGUUGUGAAUUUACUAUUUUGUAGCUCGAUGAACAAAAUAGCUAGCUUCUUACAACUUCAUAAUAACCCCAAAUAUAAAAUAAACAGAACAAAAAAUGAUAAAUGCGAAAAUGUGUUCAUCAAAUAUUGGAAUAAUGAAAAGGAAUGUGAAGCUGCUUAUGAAAAAAUAAAAUCGAAUAUUAAUAAAAAAUUAAAAAAAGAUUUUGAUAUAUUUUAUAAUAUGCUAAGUAAUCAUGUUACAGGCAUGUAUAUGUAUGAACAGAGAGAGUGUGAACCUUCUUCUGAGGAAAGACAAAAAAUAGAUCCAAAAAAAAAUGAAGCAAAUGAUAUAUAUGAAGUUCAAACAAGAAAGAAUAAGAAGGAAGAAAAUAAAAAUAGAAUAAAUAAAUAUUCAUAUAAUAACAAAGAAUAUAUUUUAAAAGAUUUAAAACAUUCCCAAAAAAAAAUUAAAAAAAAUAAUAAAACAACAAUUAUAAUAAAUAAUAAAUAUAAUUUGAAUAUUAUGAAUAAUAGAAUAUUAAGAAAAUGUUUUAAUAAUAAAAACAUAAAAAAUAAAAUAAAAAAUAAAAUAGAAAAAAAAAAAAAAUCCUGUUCAUCAUAUUUAAAUAUAUUAAAUAAUAGUUUAUAUACAAAUGAAAAGAAAAAUAUGAAAAAAAAAAAUAAUUUGACUUAUAAGGACAAUAUAUCGAAUUAUAAUAAAGAAAAUAAUAAUAAUAAUGUAAUUCAAGAUAUAGAACAAUUGUAUUCAUUAUCGAGCGCUCAUAAUAUGAGAGAUAUAGAAUGUGGAUAUGAAGAAAGAAUGAGAAAGGAAAUGUUAAAAUUUGAUAUGGUAUAUGAGGACACUAAUAAGUUAAUAAAUUCUUUUAAUUUUAAUUGUGUAGAUAAAUUUUCAUUUGGCUUGCAUAGUAAUAAUAAAGCAUGUGAAAAGAAAAGAAGAAAAGAUGGAUACAUACAAGAUGAUAGUAAUAAAAAUGAGAGUAAUAAUAACAGUGAGGAUAAUGAAUAUAUUUAUUGUAAUAAUGAUUAUGAUAAUAUGAAAUAUGUUCAUAAUAAUAAAAGUGAAAUUUUAAAAAAUGCGACUGAUGAUUUUCAAUAUAAUAAUGAAAAAAAAAUUUUAUAUAAAGAAGAAAGAUAUAGUUUUAUAAGAAAUUUGGAAAUAGAAAAUAUAAAUUAUUUUAUUUAUAGAAGUAUAUAUAUCCCUAUAAAAUAUCACUUUGAUAUAACAAAUAAAAUAUUGGUAAAUUCUUAUUUAAUAAAUAUGAAUUUAUUAAUAUACUUAUAUUUAUUGAAAUGUAUAUUAUUUGACGAUAUGCUUGACAAUCAUUAUUUUUUAUGUAGUCUAUUAUAUAAUAAUAAAAAAAAUAAAAUAAUGAACACAACAAUAGAGAGUGAGGAUCAUAGUGAUAUUUGUUAUGAUAAUAAAUUUUUUAAUAAAAAUAAAAAGAUUAUACAAUAUUUUUUAAACAAACAGUUUUAUAAAGCAUGUAAUAUGAAAAAUAAAUGUAUGAAUAAAGACAAAAUAUUUUUUACAGAUAUAUCAACAAUAUUUUUUUAUAUACAUUUUAAAAUUAAGGUACCUAAAUAUUUGAAAAUAUUUUUUGAUCAAAAUGUGGUUAAUUAUUAUAAUAACAUUUAUAGAUUAACAUCCUUAUUAUAUUUUUGUAUAUCAAAUUUGAAUAAUAUAUUUUUAAUAUUCUCAACUUUAUCUCAUCCUACAAUUUUUCAGUUUAAAGAAUUAAAAGGCCAGUCAUUCAAGAGGGAGGGCUUAAAUAUACGUGGAAAAAAUAAUAAGGUUGCAAGGUUAAAAAAUAAUAAGGUCAGAAUAUAUGAAGAUAAAAAUGAUAAUGAUAAUGAUAAGGAUAAUUAUUUGAUUAGGAAUGAUAUUUAUAAAAAGGAUGAUGUAUAUUCUUAUAAAUAUAAUGAUGUAUAUUCUUAUAAAUAUAAUGAUGGGCAUUCUUAUAAAUAUAAUGAUGGACAUUCUCAUCAUAGUAGUAAUAGCACUCUAAGCAGUGAGAAUUUGCUAAUGAAGGAAACGUUUAAAGAAAAGGAUUUUAAAUAUAUGCAUAUAAUUAAUAAUAUUAGAGCUAAUAAUUUAUUUGAAAAUGAAGAUUAUAUAAAUUCAUGUGCAUGUUAUAUAACAAAGAAUACAUGUAAUGUUUCUUUUAUGACUAAAGAAAGAUAUAUAAAUGUAGGAUUUCAUAAAAAUUUUAUACAUUAUAAGAAGAUAAAUAGAUUUCUUGAAAAUAUAAAAAUAUUUAAUGACAUUUUAAAUGAUUUAUAUAAAAUAAGAUCAGAAAUGCAUUUUAUAAUAAAUGUUAUAUAUGAUUAUUUAAUGUAUAUGAAUAUUUGUAAAAAUUAUUUUAUAUUUUUUCAAAAAAUUUUAAGGAUUCAAAACUUUUAUGAUUUAAUAAAAAUUCAUCAGUCAUUUAUACAACAUAUAUUUGAAUUAUCAUUUUUAUCACCAAAGGAUUAUGCAUUUAUUCAAAUAAUAUUUAAUAUUAUAAAUAAAGUAGAUACAUUUAAAUAUAUAAUGAAGAAUAUUAUUCCUUUUUCUGAAAAUAUAAAUGAAACAGAUGUAUUUAAACCAUAUAAUAUAAUAAAUACAUAUAAUGAACAUAUAUUAUUAAAUAGUGAAGAAUCUAAACAACAUACUUAUAAGUCUUUUUCUUUUAUAUUUGAACAUAAUUAUAAAAUCCUAGAACAUAAUAUUAUUCUUCUAACAUCUUCAGAAACACAAGAUUUUAUAAAAAAUUUCUAUAUAAGCAGAAAUGAUUUCAUACAAUAUGUAGACAAAUUUAAACAUACAAAGAUUAAUUAUAUAUAUAAUAAAAUUUUUUUUAAUGAAUACUAUUAUGAUUAUUUAAGUGACGAUAAUUAA